AUGAGUUUAUCAACAAUGAGUCGCAAGAUGUUUUCUGGUACAAAUAGCUUUACAGGACUUGAGGAAGCAACUGAAGCACUCACAGCAGAUAGUGAUGAUGACCUUGAAUAUGAUUUGGCGAUAAUACCACCUGAUCCCAGUGUCGUGACUGACGACGAGGAAGGAUCUGAUCAAGAUAUGGUGACAUAUACGUUGCCAUGA